GGUUUUUGAAUUGAAAUACAGACAUUUAUUUCACUACAGGAACUACAUACGUAGUACAAAAUAUUUCAAGAAUUUUUAAAUAUAUUCAAAGAUUCAAAACAUAAAAGAAUUUGAAUAGAUUAUGAAAUGAAAAAAAAUGCGAUCAAUAUGAACGUGUUUGGUGAGUCAUUCGGUAUACUUAUAAACUGGUAAAUAUGUUUUUGAUUUAAUUUUUUAUUGUAAAUUUGUUCAAUGUGCUAUGUAUUAAUAAUCCAUCGGCACGAAUAGACUAUAAAUUUAGAUUUGUUUAUUCAUAAUCUGAACACGCUAGUUAUACAUUGUAAUAAAUUAAUAUGCAAAGUGUACCAAAGUAUUUAAAUGCGAACUCCGUCUACCCACUACUACGUUAAAUUUGAAUUUUAGUUGCCAUUAAAUAAUAUUGUAAUCAUUGAGUUCAUCACAGAUUAGAACAGUGAGGGGUAAUGACGAACAAACACAAAUUGUAAACAUUUUGGUAAAUUUGAAUAAAUGUCAAAGCUUACGCAGUUACUGUCUAGUCGUGUUCAACAACGUUCAUAUCUCUGAAAACCACAAUGUUACCAAAUAGAUUGGCAAUUAUGAGUACUUUCAUUAUCUCCUGUUUCUUAUCACUGACCCUCAUUACUUUCUACUUAAAUUAUGACUCAAACGGUUGUCAUGAAGGUUCAUUUUUGUGCACUCGGUCAGACAUUUGUAUUGCAAAUAAAUAUAAAUGUAAUAAUCAUUCUGAUUGCCAACACGGAGAAGAUGAAGAUAGUCUCGUAUGCACCGACUUUUCUGGAAGUAUGCAACAUUAUCACAAAGUCAUUACUAUCAAAAACCCGAAUUCAGAACUUGAAUCAACUAGGCCUUGUGCUUUAAGCAAUUACCCCACCAAAUGUGAUUGUUUGAAUGAAACAUGGUUACGAUGUAAUAAUAUUUCACUAACAAAAGUGCCUAGAAAUAUAUCCUCUAAUCUUACACAAAUAUCGAUGAUAAACAACAAUAUAGUUCUUUCUAACGAUUCAUUUGAUGAGUAUUAUUCGUUAAAAAUGAUCAAUUUACAAUAUAAUAAAUUGUCUGUACUACCUCCAUUUGUAUUUGAACAUCAAACUAAAUUGACAUUUCUUUUAUUACUGAAUAAUGAUUUGAGUGUUUUGGAAACAAAUGCAUUUUAUGGAUUGAAUAGUGUUAAAACAUUAUAUUUGGAUAAUAACUAUUUGAAGUUUUUAAAUUUAAACUCCUGGAAACAUAUGACGAAUGUAAAAUGGAUAGAUUUAUCACACAAUUUGUUGACUUUUAAUAACGAAUGUUUUCCACCCUUGGUGAAUCUUAUAAUGUUAUUUUUACAAUGGAAUCGUAUCGAAACAAUAAAUGAGUUCCUGUUCGCAAACAUGCCAAACCUAACGGUCUUGAAUUUAAGUAACAACAUAAUCACAGUGAUUCAUAAAAAUGCGUUUAAAAACUUAUUGAAUCUUUCGGAUUUAAAUAUAUCUUAUAAUCAGAUUACUGUAAUCACGCUGGAAAUAUUUAAUCCUCUAAAACUAUUAGAUAAAUUAAAUUUUGGAAAUAAUCCAAUCGCAAGAGUAAAUAGUAAUAUUUUCAAAGAAAUGAAAGACCUCUCUUCGCUAAAUAUGAAUGGUAUAAAUGAAGAAAAUAUCGAUUUUUCGUCAUUUAAUAACUUGACGACUAGACUGGAUGUUCUUUACUUAGACGAAUUCCAUUAUUGUAUUUUGUAUGCUCGGCAUGCUAAACUUUGUUUUCCAAACAUAGAUGAGAUAUCAUCGAGUUUGAAUCUCCUCCCAAAUUCAACUUUUCGAUGGUUCCUAUGGAUGGUAACAGUUCUAAUAUUGGUUUUUAACUCAAUAGUUUUAUACGGCCGGAUGUUUAAUGUAUUUAAAUCUGACAAUAUAGCAGUCGGCUUUGUCAUACGGAAUUUAGCUGUUGCAGAUUUGUUUAUGGCGAUAUACUUAAUAGUUAUUUGUUAUCACGAUCGAAUAUACCGGAAUGAGUAUUAUUUGUAUGCACAUAAGUGGGAGUCAUCUAAUUUGUGUACCAUAGUUGGAAUUAUUGCUGUGAUUUCGUCAGAAGUAUCAAUGCUCAUAUUGGUGUUUCUCUGCUUGGACAGAUAUAUGAUCAUAGGUUCAAAUUAUUUUAUUGGUAAUCAAGUAUUGAAAAUGAAAACAGCCGUAUUCAGUAUGGCAUCAAUUUGGGUGGUCGGAAUAAGUUUAUCAGUUGCACCAUUAAUUUUAUGGAAACAUUCGUCAAAAUUUUACGGUUCUAACGGUUUGUGCUAUCCCUUAUAUAUUGAAGAUCCAUUUGUUAGUGGAUGGCAGUAUUCGGCAUUCAUGUUUUUGGGAUUAUACGCGAUGAGUUUAUUGCUUAUGACUAUUUUGUAUGCAUUACUGUUUAAAAAUAUCAUAGAAACAAGAAAAGGUUCUCAACGAAUUUCAACAGAUGAUUUCGAUUUGACAGUUCGUUUAUUUUUCAUAGUCUUGGCGAAUAUUUUAUGUUGGUCACCAAUAAUCAUUUUAAAGUUGGCAGCAUUAAGAAAGUACCAUAUCUCAAGUAAAAUGUAUGUAUGGUUAAUUAUAUUUGUUGUACCAAUAAAUGCAUUGGUAAAUCCAAUAUUAUAUACUUUCACGACACCCAAGAAUAUAAAAGUCCUAACCUUAAAAAAUAUUUUCAAGAAUAUUUACUCAAGCAGUGUUGUAGAAAUGUCACAAUCAUCACAUCCAGUAUCCAGUAAAAAAUCUAUCGAGAAAAAUAGAAAGAAGGCGCUUGAAGAACAGAGAAAGGAAAAAAAUGGCACUCAAGAAAACAGUUUAGAAACAACAACUGGUGAAUAAUUCUCCGACGAACUACUAUUAUAUCAUAGUAUUAUGUAAACCACUUUUGAAAUUAGUAUAGGUAUAUACUACUUAGUUUGUUUUUCAUAAACCAAAAAAUGAAUUUACAUUGUACCGUACAUUUUAGGUAGGUAAAAAAAGCUUUUGAUAAUAUAUUACUUUAAACUGAAUAUACUCAGCUAUUUACAACACGGAAUAGUGGAAAUGCGAUAUUUAUUUUUAUUUUAGUUAUAUUAAGUAACAGCUAGUUACAAAUAUAAAUAUUUAUUAUGUUAGUAAAUUGAAAAAUUGGAAAAUGACUUAUUUUACAAUAAAUGUACAUUUUAUUCUACCAUUUAAGUCUAUGUGAACGGCCGUAUUGUGAUAAAAUGCAUUUCAUGAUAUUUUUCAUAGAAAUAUUAUAUUUAAAUUGUAUACACCUAUAUUUAUGUUUAUAAUUCUAUUAAUUAUUUUAGUUUAAAUUAUAUUUAACACAUUUAAUAUGAUUGUUAUGUACAAUGCACAUGAUAGGUACACUGUCAAAACAGUUAAAACCUUAUCGGGCUUAUCAUAAUAGGGAUUAUCAACUUAUACGUUUAUUGUACUUUUUUUUCCUUUGACAUAUUAUCAUGUAUCUGCACUUGAAGCUUUUAAUUUAUUAUAGCAUU